GCGGGAGAACGCAGCAGAUAGAACCCUCGUAACUUCCAUUCACUGUCGCCUCCUCUUUGAACGCGCCGCUACAUUUUCCACGAUCCCGGAACCCUCGCACGGGAGUCGCUGAGCCCUCGCAGCAUCUGAGGCGCACAACACAACCCAGUCCUCUUAAGAGCAAAUCUCGCGAUGGAGCAAAGGGCAGGGGGAGUCGCUUUCGCGGCGCUGCUCUUCAGCGCGACAGCAAAGGCGCAUGAGCACCACAUGAACAACAUAGCAGAAGGCCAAGCCGUCUCAGAAGAUCCAAUUGACUCGAUAUUAUGGAUACAUAUACUCGUCCAGACACUGGCUUGGGGAAUCAUCUUUCCUACGGGAAUGGUGCUUGGUAUAACACGAUCGAAAUGGCACGUCCCUGUCCAAACAAUCGGCUCCCUCCUCGCUGUCUUCGGAUACUUCCUCGGCCAUAGACACAAAGGCAGACAGUUCACAGAGAAUAUCCACGCCACAUUUGUCCCCGUCAUAAUGCUCAUCCUCAUCGUCCAAGUCGUCAUGGGCGUGUUCCUGAAGCUCCACAUCGAGAAGGGCAUAUACGGGAAGAUACGCAAGAUUGUAGUCAUGAUGCAUGGUUUCUUGGGCAAGAUGCUGCCUAUUGUGACAUGGGUUCAGUUCGUCUUUGGAGGUAUCACAGCAAUGGGCUUCUGCAGGGCCGACCACACCGGUCAGUGUCUGGCGCAUUUCAUCAUGGGAGGAGCCUUCAUCGCCUACGGAAUCAUCCUUAUCAUAUUGCUUUUGGUCGGACAAAUGUGGCUCAAGAGAACGGGACGAAGUCAGGAGUUCUUCGACUCGAUUGUCAUUGCUGCAUGGGGUUGCGUCAACACCUUCACAGAGCACCGAUGGGGUGGACCCUGGGUACACAACGACUUGCAGCACACAUCUAUGGGCAUUGUGUGGUGGGCCGCCGGCCUGGUGGGCAUUUGGCUCAGCCGUACAAGAGGCGGGCAACCGAAGCGAAACCUCAUCCCUGGCAUGGUCAUCUUUGUGACUGGGUGGGCCAUGUCGUCGCAUCCUCAACAUUUGCCUAUCUCGACCAUGAUACAUACUGUUUUCGGAUACACCCUUAUGGCUGCGGGCGCUGCUCGCAUGAUCGAAAUCGCUUUUGUUUUGAAGGACCGCAACGCAACCACGGCAGACGGAUCGGACCCCAACAGCUUCCAGUACAUGACGCCAUUCCUCCUUAUCGCAGGUGGAUUCUUGUUCAUGGGCGCCACAGAGGAACAGAUGCAGUUCCUCGCCGACGCAAACGUCACGCACGUGUCUUACGUUCUUAUCCUCUUUAGCAUCGCUUUCGUUUUGUUUCUCUUCGUCAACAUGCUCGUCCAUCUCUACGCCGUACAUGCAUGGGGUCAGGACUCAAAAGCCGACGCUGAAGAUCUUCGCACAAACGGUCACGCGAAUGGUAUGCCCAACGGUUACGCCAGGGCUGACACCAGAGUCCGAGACGCAGAGGAGUUCGAGCUGGACGGUCUUGCCUCGGAUGACGAAGAUGACAACGCACCCUUGAUGAACAAGGAGGGUAGAUCGCUCGUUUCGCAUUAGUGCAUUUCUGCUUCAUUUUAGGGUAACGAAAUAUAGAAUUAGGCGUUUAUCAUAGCAUUGAAUAUUGCUGUAUUUUCAAAUCUCUGUACUAUAGUAACAUACCAGAUCCACUGUCGAGGCAUCAUAUUGGGAAUAAACCGAACGUAAAUCAUAAUCGCUUGCACUCGUCUCUCACAUACAUCAUAUCCUGCG